GCUUGAUCGCCACCAGUAGGAGAAUAGCGGUCCACUAGCUCUCCAUGCGUCGGGGAGGUAUCACUGAAUAAUAACGGACUUGCCGCUUCCAGCCAUACACUCGCAGAUAUACCUUUUUAGUAGCUUACGGGUGUGAACAUUUCGACGUUCACUGCUCGGUCUUUUAAACUAGGCAACUGUAUUCGAUGAAUAUCGGGGUGGUUUCGCUCAGCAGCUCCUUGCUUGGAUAACCUUAUCGCUGUGCUGUGUGGAUGCUCUGGAAAACGUGUCUCCCUACCAUUCCGAUCAGAGCUGUCUUGGAAAUGAAAGGAAAUGAUUGAAUGGACAGGCAGUGAAUGCUAGAUGCACAACUCACUGACCUCACACUGUCAACCGCAGAAGAGCAGCUGGAUGCAUUUACUCGGCCAUCGUUAAGUUGACAGGACCAUCCUGGAUUGUGUACCACCAUUUAAUUACGGUGUUAUUGUUCAGCAGACGUGUCAUGGACAUACACAAGGAUUCCUCAUCUAUGUGAUUUUUGUCUGACCGAACAUUUUUUUCUACAGAAUGCCAAGGCUUUCCCUUCAAACUAUAAGGAACUACUAUUCUGGUCAGCUUUUUUACUCUGAGAUGUUGUUGUUUUCCAACAGAGUGAAGAGGAGCCUGUAAUUGUGAUGAGGAAGACAGGGACUGUUUCUGUUCAUCAGAGGAACCCGGUAUUCAGCCUGUUAGAGCCACGAAAUCUCCAGGGGAGGAAAUAUUCUCAGACAUCACUUGGAAAUUGGAAUUUUCAAUAAGUUUUCUCUGUUUUUCCCUUCCUUCCACCUCCCAGACAACUAAGUUUUUAAUCUACCACUACACCAUGUCUCUAUCGAAGUGGAGGAAGAUCAGGGCAAUUACUGUGUUUUCAUGCAUUGUAACUUUCACCACGUUCCUCUUCAGUUACACGUUGAGAGAUCCCUCUCUGUACUUCUUCAAAUACGCCAUCCGCAAGUCGGACAGCUUCUUCUCUAAGGGCCAGUGUGGCUGUCGACAGUGUAUGACCGAGCUGGAGGACGACCCCUGGUUCACUGAGAGGUUCAACCUGUCUGUCCAACCUCUGAUGUCUAGGAGGAACAGCCUGCUGACUGACGACACAUACCGCUGGUGGCAGUGGUUGCAGGCAGAGCAAGAGCCGGCCAACUUCAGCGAGGUGGUGGAGAAGUUGUUCCAGGUCAUCCCUGAUGCUGACCUUUACAUGGAUGCGGGCCCUGAGCGCUGUAGGACCUGUGCUGUGGUGGGGAACUCUGGGAACCUUAAGGGCUCCCGUUACGGAGCCCUCAUAGACUCCAGUGAUGUCGUCAUCAGAAUGAACAUGGCUCCUACCUCUGGCUAUGAGGAGGAUGUUGGGAGCCGGACCACCCAUCACGUCAUGUACCCAGAGAGCGCCAUAGAUCUGGACAACACCACCAGUCUUCUGCUCAUCCCCUUCAAGACUCUGGACCUUCAGUGGAUCACCAGCGCCUUGACUACAGGCUCCAUCAAACACACGUACAUUCCUGUCCAGUCCAGGAUUAAGGCAAACAAGAACAGGGUGUUGAUAUACAGCCCGACCUUCUUUAAAUAUGUCUAUGACGCAUGGCUGGAGAGUCAUGGCCGGUAUCCCUCCACUGGCUUCCUCAGCCUAUUGUUUUCCAUUCAUAUCUGUGAUAAGGUGAGUGUGUACGGGUUCGGAGCGGAUCAGUACGGGAACUGGCACCACUACUGGGAAGAGAAUCACCAGGGAGGAGCAUUCCGCCACACCGGAGUGCAUGAUGCUGACUUUGAGUACAACGUUACCCUGCUUCUGGCUGACAAACACAAGAUCAAGAUUUUCAAAGGCUUCUGAUGUCUGGAGAUGUUACUGGCCUGAGACCAUCAAGCCUCUUGAAUUAAAUUCUGUCGACUCAGAGGUUAACCACUGGGCAUAAACUGGUUGAAUCAACAUAGUUUCAACGUAAUUUGUCAACGUAUUGUGACGUGGAAUCUGUGUAAAAUUCAUUGGAUUUGCCAAAAGUAAUCAACUGUUGUUUUGAGGGUGAAAUUUCAACCACAGGAUUUUGUCAUCAUUGUAACCAAUGUUCAACAUAGACAAAGCUUGUAUAAAAUAUGUUAAAUUUGUACCUUUUGAAACAAUGUCAGAUAUUCAAUGUUAUAUCCACUAUCAGGAGAAAAAAAAAACUAUAGCUGGGCAGCAACUCCUUCUGGAAAAUUCUACAGCUAUCUAUCGCUAUUCCUUUGGUCUCCCAUCCUGGGUUUUAACCCAGCCCAACCCUGCUAAGCUUUGAUAUGUCACUGACAACCCCCCCCCCCCCCCCAAACAAAAAGUGUUUUGUGAACUAACACUCGCACUUUACUUUGUUCCCCCUUACUAGCUCUGACUUUGCUGAUAGCUACUUCAUUGAGGAUAAAUGUACUUACUAUGCCUGUGAUAGGUGGUUGUUCCACCUAGCUAUCUUAAGAUGAGUGCACUAACUAUGUCGCUCUGGAUAACAGCUUCUACUAAAUGACUAAAAUGUAAAAAUGUACAAGCUAAAUAGAUUCACUUUUGCUAUCGGAAGUCAUUCCAAGGGGUAGGUUUAACAAAGCAAAUUAAAUGGAACCAUACUUUAUCAAUCAUAUACCAUCAAUGAUGCUAUUUAGGCCUAGUGUUUCAAUUCAACCCAGGAUUCAACUAAAAAUAGACGAUUCAUAUAGGCAUAGGGUUUAAAGCUUUGGUUGAUUUUAAAUGUAAUCUAAAAGUUAAUAAUGUACUGUAUAUGUUGGAUUCAUGUCUCCAUCUUAACCAAAAAUCUAAGUUAAAGAAUAGGACUAAAUCCAACUUCAUUUAAAUUCCAUUUACAGUUUGAUUUGAUUUUGUCCUAUUCUUUAAGUUCGAUUUUUGGUCGAGUUGGAGAAGUGAAUCCAACAUCUUGAUUACUAUUAGAUUUUUUUUUACUUUUUGGGGGGGGAUUUUGCCACCUCUUUCUCAUUCGAUCUUGUCUCAUCGCUGCAACUCCCCAAUGGACUCAGGAGGCGAAGUUCGAGUCAUGCAUCCUCUGAAACAUGACCCGCCAAACAGCGCUUCAUAACACCCGGCCGCUUAACCCGGAAGCCAGCCGCAUCCAUGUGUUGGAGGAAACACUGUUCAACUGACGACCGAGGUCAGCCUGCAAGCGCCCGGCCCACCACAAGGAGUCGCUAGAGCCAGAUGAGCCAAGUAAAGCCCCCCCGGCCAAACCCUCCCUUAACCCGGACGACACUGGGCCAAUUAUGUACCGCCCUAUGGGACUCCCAAUCAUGGUCGGUUGUGAUACAGCCUGGGAUCGAACCCAGGUCUGUAGUGAAGCCUCUAGCACUGCGAUGCAGUGCCUCAGACAGCAUAACAAUUAUUAAUGGAAUUAAAGCUCGACUAAGUCAGUGGGACAUAUUAAACUAUUCAAGCAGUAGAUUAAUCUCCUUUAAAUGCUGGUUAUUUGUUGUGUUAAUCAACCAAACACAAUUCACUGUUACUUUUGUAAUACAGUAGCUUAAAGGUAAGGCUAACUUACAGACUAACGUAACAGUAUUUAUUCAAAUGGGUAACACAUCCAUAGCCACAUUUUGACGCUAAUGUAACUAUAAAUGUCUUAUCAAUUAAAGAGUGCAUGUUCAAGAUCACAGGUCUGUGGAGAUCUUCACAAUUUUUAUAAUGAAUGUCUAUAAUAAACGGCAUUGAUCACUUGCACCAUGUACUAUUAAUGUAAUAUAUUCUCAACUGAAAUCCAUGUUAUUUGGUUGUGCUAUUAGAAGAAGAACAGGGAUAACACAUUAAGUUGUAUAAAUAAACAAAAUAUCUGACAUUGUA